ACCACCAAAGUAAGUUUUGUUGUGAACUUAAGUAUUUUAGAAACUUUUAUUAUGAUGAAGAAGUGGUUAUCUACAUCUGGUGUUUCCAAAAUAGAUGCUGCAAAAUCUGCAGAUCCUCCCAUUAUUACUGCUUCUGUUCGUCCUACAUCAGAACAUAGUAGCUGUUCAGACUCUCGUAUAGCAGGCCCUAGAAGCCAGCCAGAUUCCCCUAUACAAAACUCCAGCAGUCAGCCAGAUUCUCCUGUACCAGGCCCUAGUGGGAGGCGGCAUUCCAGUAUUACAGACUCGGAUUCUAGUAGUGAUGAAUCCACUGGCACAAAAGCUGUUUUAAAAAGGCGAAAAGUAACUACAACCAGUUAUAAACAAAAAUUUCGGGAUAAAUGGUGUGAAGAUAAAAGAUAUGCAAAUUGGUGCAAAUCAUCAUCGGAUGGAAGUUCAGCAUUCUGUACUGUUUGUGACAAAAAAAUAAUUGGAGGAAUUACUCAUAUAAAAAGGCACAGUAUAACGUUACUACAUAAAAAAAAUAAAGAAAGCAGAAAAAACACCAAAAAUUCAAGAGCUGCUGUCGAUCAAUCCUAACAAAGAAUUACAUUCCAUUAAAGUGAAAGCAGCAGAGUUAAGAUGUGUUAUGUUUCUUCACGAACAUAAUUUACCCUUUUUAUUGAUGGACCACCUCCCAAAAUUUAUAGGAUCAGUGUGUCCAGACUCAAAUAUUGCAGCAGACCUUAAAAUAUCUAGGACGAAAGCCACCCUAAUUACUAAACAUUGUUUUACAUCCUCCGCUUUAGAGAAUAUUGCUUAAAAAGUUGACAAAUCAGUUGCUUAUAGUUUGAUAAUGGAUGAAACCACUGAUGUGGCAACACAAAAGUCAUUAGUUGUAGUGAUAAGAUUUUAUGAUGAAAAGGUGACAGACCA